AUGGCGCAGAUGGGCGAUGCUCGGGCCGCUGUGUGCUGCGACUUUUUGCAGUGCCUCGCAGAUCUUGAAGGGACUCGAGACAAGCCGACGCUAGACGAAGAAGACCUGUACAUUCCUAGCCCUCGCGAAGCCGAGCUGACCGAGAAAGUCUGUGAAGAAGACUGCGUCAUAGCCUUCGGGCCAGCCGAGCUUAGGCGUCAGCUGUGCCUUACCGUAGUACGGCAAAAGCUGUCCUCACUCGCCGUCAUCGUUGGCCAUCAAAUGGCCAAAGACGACUACUUCGUGAACUACCUACGGAUACUGCUUCCAGCUGAAAUCCGCAUCGUGCCUUCCGCGUCAUCUUGGCAGCGAGGGGCCGAUGCCUGCGUGUACUUGAUGGAGCCCGACGUGCUGUGGUGCCUCUUGGACAACGGCGUUAUCGGUGCAGCCGAGAUAAAUGUUCUAGUUUUGCGUGAUUUUGAGCACUAUCUGAACCCCGGCCACGCCUAUCGUAAGAUAGUGCCUUGCUUCCAGAAGGUGUCUAGACGAAGCACGGGCUCGUUGCAAUCAAUGUGGUUGUUAGCGCUCGCUGAUGAUCUCAAAUCCUGCUGCCUGGGUGGUCUCGAAAGCGACCUGGAAAAACUGAGGACACCGCUGAAGCUAAUAUGUAGCCUGGCAACGCCCGUGAGGCCACACGCCAAGGAAGCGGUUCUCGAAGUCUGCUUCCUCGAGUUGGACUGGCAGGCGCAAGUAGGCUCCAUUGUGUCCAGUUCCGAUGACCCAGAAGUACAGGAAGUUGGUACAACGCUUCGUGAGCGAGGCAUUGUGGCGGCUUGCUGUUUAGCGAAAAAGAUGAUGAUGGCCAAUCCACGCGCGGAGCUGCAAGCAUUUUUGGCGCAGUGCGAGAACCUCAUGACGAAGCUGAAAGGAGACGCUGUCAUAAACAACGCUCAGGGAAAGACGCUAGCCCUCAUGCCGACCGUGGCUUCUCGGCGAGACCUGAAGCGUUGGCUUCAGAGCCAGGACUCCAUGAAGGUUGCAGAAGAGCUCGAAGACAUGGAUUUGAUGUCAGUAUUUGUCUUCGUGGCGACAUCUGCGGAUAUACCGACGUUGAGACAAUACAACUGGGACAUUGUGGUUUUCUGUGACUUGCCUUUCGGCGUCCACUGCGAUGCGUUGCUAGAAAAAUCCAAUCACGCCAUCGUUCUGGCUACAGAACCACAGUGGAAGAGGUGGAACGAAGCGUUAGAGUUGCACGAUGAGUUGGAAAAUCUGCUUCUGCGCGUAAACCAGUCGUAAAGUAAGCUGUUCCACAAAAACGAGAAAAACGGACCUUGCCUAAAUUUCGUGCCACGCCUCGCACUUUGAUUUAUUUAUGCGCUUACGCACAUGAAAACAGGCACUGAGGCGAUCAGUAUUCAGUUAUUGGCAUUUGCUUUAAAUGAGUGCAGACUCAGAAAUUUCACAUAUUGUUGUUUUAUCUUGUCUAGUUUUCCCGCUUUUCUUUUCAGUGGGUACAGCUAUACAUUUGAUUUUACCUUUCAUUAAAAUUUCACUUGAAAGUAG